AAGGAGUGUUCUGCACGGCAGCUUAGGGGAUGGGGAUAGGUAGGUAUUGUUGCGUGCUAGAACUCCAUCUUGUGACCUAUGCUUUCCACGCAUGCAUGCAUCUUCCAGCUUUUCAGAACGCACUGCUACUCUUUCUGGGAGGGAUAUUGUGUAUGACUUUCACCUCUUUCCUGCUCUCUUCGUUCCCAUCAAGAUACACCAAGUUUACAUGCACAGCCGCGACGAUGACACAGUCAAGUUCCUAUGACCCUUCUUCCCUCCUACAUCUCACCCUUGAAAAUGCCUCGAAAGGGCUACAGUCAGGACGGUUCACCUCAGUGGAUCUCGUCGAGGCAUAUCUAGCCAGAAUCGAGGAGGCUUCUGAGUUCAAUGCCGUUCUGCAAGUAAAUCCUGAGGCCGUGAGCGUGGCGCAACAUUUGGACGAGGAGCGUUCACGUUCAGGACCGAAGAGCCCACUCCACGGCAUUCCCAUUCUGGUCAAGGACAACAUCGCUACCAAAGACAAGCUGGAUGUCUCCGCGGGUUCUUAUGCUCUUUUUGGAGCAAAGCCCGCCCUCGAGUCUUCUCUGAUCAGCAAACUCCGAGCUGCCGGCGUCGUGAUUCUGGGAAAGACGAACCUUUCAGAGUGGGCAAACUUCAGAGGCUUGAAUAUCAGCAACGGUUGGAGCCCAAGAGGUGGCCAAACAUUGGGCACGUAUUAUCCGAACUCUACACCUGCGGGAAGCAGCUCCGGUUCGGCGGUAGCUACUGCACUUGGACUGUGUACUGCCGCGAUUGGCACCGAGACCUGGGGCAGUAUUUUAGGCCCAGCCGAGCUCAACAAUGUCGUAGGCUUCAAACCAACCCGCGGCCUCAUCAGUACCGAGGGCGUUAUCCCUGUUUCGAGCCGGCAAGAUGUGAUUGGUACUCUCACAAGAACAGUCAAAGAUGCAGCAUACCUGCUCAGUGAGAUGGCAGGGAGAAGUGAGCGGGAUGACAGAACUUGGCACAUCCCAUUCGACCCCAUCCCCAGCUUCACGACUUUUUGCAAGGGAACAGAUCUAACGGGUAUCACUAUCGGGGUUCCUCGGAACACGUGGGAAGGCGAAUCACCAGCACCGAUCCAGGCUUCUUUCGAAGCUGCGCUGCAGACAUUGAGCUCUGCCGGAGCAAUUGUGGUAGAAAAUGCUGAUUUCCCACACGUUGAUGAAUUCAAGAAACUCAAUGAGCAGGUCAAAGGCGUUGUGCGGUCGUCCGAAUUCAAGCGAGAUAUUGUCCGCUAUAUCCAAACUCUGGAAACCAAUCCAAAUAACAUCCAGUCGGCAGAAGACAUAAUCGGGUUCACAAAAAGCUUCCCGGCUGAGGAAUACCCAGACAGAGACAUCGGCAAAUUCUUAUGGACGCAGGCAGAGGGAGUCGAUGUUGACGGAGAUAAGUACCAGGAGAUGGUGAAGCAGGAGCUCUUCUUUGGUGGUGAGGGGGGAAUUCUUGGGGCAAUGGAGAAGUACCAUCUUGACGUGCUAGUCGUUCCCGCCGAUCAGGAUAUAGGGAACGACCUUGCUGCAAAGAUGGGCUUUCCAGUCAUUUCUGUUCCGCUCGGAUUCUGGCCCGAAGACACACCUGUCCAACUUGACAAGAAGAAGCCGAAUUUGGUCAAGGUUGCGCCUGGAAUGCCUUAUUCCCUGAUAUUCAUUACGAAGGCGUUUUCUGAUGGAAUCUUGCUAAAGGUAGCUCAUGCGUUCGAGCAGCUCACGGCUGUAAGAGAGACCGGACCACUGCCCUUUAAGGUUCCAGAGACGGAGAUGCGGGUGAUCCAGCGCAAGGAGGAGAGAAUCUGAGGGCGUGCUUGGAAUUGUUGAUUCAACAUUUGUGUAAAUUACUAUUGAGUCUGCGGUCCCAAACUGCCCACUUCCUUUAUAAGUACAUUGCGAACGAUGGUAGAAACCGUUUCUCUUACAUAAUCCCACCCCGCUUAAGAAUCCUAGCUAAUUCGUGAGCCUGCACUUUCAUAC